CCACACCACACGACAACACAAUACUCAAAAUGACAACUAGACGGAUUGUUACCAGCGAGAAGUCGACUCUCGACUACGAUGGAAAGGGUGCACCAGAGCCAUCCAACACCUCUCCGGCUGUGCCGUCAUCUGUCAUCUGGAAGUUGAUGAGCUUCACUUUUGCCAUGAUCACACUACCAAUCGGCACCUACUUCUUCACCGUGAACUGGGUCUUUCAGGGCAACGCAACGUAUGCAGGGGGUCUAGCCGCACUCAUGGCAAACGUCGUCUUGAUAGCCUAUGUCAUCAUGGCUUUCCGGGACGACCAAGAAGAGAUGCGGGAGGAGGCUGAAAAGUCCAAGAAGAAGCUGUAGGAUAUUGUGGCCAUGCCAAGUAUUUAAAACAAGAGGCAUAUAUCAUUCAUGCUUCGAUAGCCGGACACGGAAUUCACGCGGACGCCCGCUUGUCCGACCCAGUCGUUUCUGAUUCUGUUCGCUAGAAAUGCUCUUCUUUUUUAAAGUUAAGCGGAAUCAUAGGUCCAACCAAAAAGAGCCGUUGUAUCAGCAUAGUCACGGUCAAAACACAAAACUUCGUCCAUCACAAGAUUAUGAUUACCACAUUACUAGCUGACUCGGCGAGCGAGCUUCUAUUGUAGCAGCAAAUUCCAAACUACAAGGAGUGACAAAGGUGGUAUAUCCUAACCCUAGACCUAAAACGCCGUCGUAACGCCAACAUGCUGUGCACGCAGAUGCGCAAAAGGAUGGCCUGACCAGAGGGUACUGGAGCCGGUCAACAAGCCUUCUGUUCGUCGCGUAGCAAUCCGGCCCCUUUCAUAACUACCCCUGGUCCACCGUUGGCGGGUGCCAGAAUGCACCCUUUGCCGUUUAGCCCCUGCAUCUCAACAGGUCUCUAUAGGGCGCAGGUCGGUAAAUGUGACCGUCCAUCAACUUCCCCGCACCAAGUCGGGUAAUAUUGAUGCAUAGCGACUUAGUCUUUGCUGAACCGUCUCUUAAACCAGCUCUUCCUCUUUUCCCCGGCAUCGCUGCCUUUCUUGGAUAGCGUAGUCGGCCUUUGUUCCGUCACAGGGGGCCCGGAGCCGCCUAGUUUGAUAGGAGCUGCCGGAGUCGCGUGUUUUGGCACUGGUGGUGGCGCGCCAUUCUGCGAGGGCAUGCCGUUUUGCGACGGUUGUUG